AUCUGCGAAUUAAUCAUUUUCUUUGCAGAGUCAAUUAAUAAUGUACGACCGCAAUCAGCGGUCGAAGGGAAAGAAAUGAACUUUCUGAUAAUUAAAAAGAGAGAAGAAAUCACAAAAAUGACUCAACCAAUUGUCGACAAUCAGUACCAUGACAGAUUCGUUAAUAAACUUUUCAAUAAUCCUCCUAAGGAACCGUGUCAAUCGGCAAAAAUGUUGAAUCGUGUUGUGGAUUCAAAGAGCAAUGGACAGAUAUACGCAACGAGCGAGAGAGACGAUAUGAAUUCCCAUUCCGGAAAUUCUGAAAAUGAUAAAACGAAUCGGAUCAAUCCGGUUGUUUCGCGAUCAGGGCCCGAGGAAAAGGUAACGAAGAACGAGAGAACAUUCACUUUGAGAAUGACGGACACUGCUAUGCCACGCAUGGAUAUAGAAAAAGAGGAGAAAAAAUUCUUCUCCAAAUUACCCAUAAGAACGUGGAAACGCUUGAGAACAAAAGAACCCGCCGCGCUGCGUCCUGAGAGCGACGCGACGAACGCAGACGUUAAGGAAAAAUUUCAGAAGACGCAAAACGAGACCACAAUAUCGAAUGAUCAUCCGGAGAGGGUGGAAAACGAUGACGUCCGCGAAGGAGCUCGUGCAACCGCAAAUUGCAGCGAUGUAAAACGGAACGAGUAUUUCAGAAGAGGAUUGCUCAGAGUUGAUAAACCAGAGUUGACUUCCUCCGAUUUGAAGAACACAAAGGAAAGCAAGGGUUCAAAUGCGGCGAAGAGAACACACGAGCAAUGGAAAAAAAGAACAAGCGCCAAGUAGAAAUAUGAGACAUCUCAAAAUAAAACAUAAACCGUAGU